UUUGUUUUCUCCUUUGACAGUGUUUGGCACUUGUUGGAGAAAAUGGCGAGGCUUGUGACAGUUGAGCCGGUUCUCUUCGGAUUUAUGUUCUGCAUUUUUCUUAUCUUUCCUAUCGAAGAACAGCUUAUCUACAAAAAGCUCUGUGACAGCCAAUACAACCAGUCUGUUUGCAACAACAUCAAAACAAAUAAGGCCUAUGCUCACGAAGAAGCAAUAGUACAAAAGGGGACAUCAACAUGGAUGUUGUACCUCAGCAUGGCUACAACAUUUCCGUCCAUGUUCACAGCCAUGAUCCUAGGCCCUUGCUCCGACAAGAUUGGAAGAAAGUUUGCAUUGGUUCUUCCAUUAAUUGGUGGGAUCAUUGACGCAGUUGCUUUGAUUUUAAAUACUCAUUAUUCUGAUUGGCCUGUAUCUGCUCUUCUUGUUGGUGUCAUAAUAUCUGGGUUCUUCGGCAACUAUGCAACGAUCCUCAUGGCUGUCUUUUCCUAUAUAUCGGAUGUUUCAAGCGAAAAGAGCAGGACUUUACGUGUAGCUCUUUUGGAGUCGAUGGUUCUUGUUGGUGGAUGCUUAGGAGAACUGGUUGGCGGGGUAUUGGUCGACAAAGCCGGCUAUUUUAUCACUUUCUCGAUAACUGCCGGUGUUCAAUUAUGCAAUUUAUUGUAUGUUGCAUGUAUCCUACAAGAAUCAUACUACCCUGACGUGAAAUUGACGUUAAAAGAAGCUCUUGUCAGUUGCGAGAAUUCAAUAAAGUCUUUGAAGAUAUUUCUCAAGCCUAGACCUGGCAAUGGACGUAUGAAGUUAUUGCUAGUGAUUAUUGCCCUUUUCUUCUCACUAAUGGUUUUUAUUGGUUCAAACACGGUGAGGGUCCUGUUUGUUAUGCACUCUCCACUGUCAUUUUCUCCAUCAAUGGUUGGCUAUUUCUUGGCUGCAGUUAUGUUUUAUUCGGCCAUUGGUGUGAUGGGUGGAAUGCCUUUCUUUAUCCACAAGCUGAAGCUACAUGAUUUAACGAUGGUAAUCAUUGGUUCUGUUUCAACACUGGUGUCAUCUGUGCUGCUAGCAUUUACAACCAAGCCUUGGAUGGUAUUUGCAGUGCCUGUUUUUGCGAUUUUUGGGGGAAUCUCAGUUCCAUGCAUCCGAUCAGCCUGCUCAAAAAUAGUAGAAAAGGAUGAGAGAGGUGCGAUGUUCUCUGCAAUUGCAUCAAUAGAAGUGUUAUGCUCGGUUGUGGCCUCUGCCCUUUUUAACAGUGUGUAUUCGGCAACUGUUGAGUGGUUUCCAGGCUUCUGUUUCUUUAUAAUGGCUGCAGUGUCGAUAGUUCCAAUUCUGCUAGCAUGGUACUUAAAAGUAAGCGACAGUGGUGUUGCUUAUUCGUCGUUCGGAUCAAAUCAAUCUGGUCACGACGACCCUAACUCUGAAAGAUCAAAAUCUGUAAACAAGACAGAAGGCCCGGUAGCAACGUGAGAGUUUUAGAGUGUCUUAAAACUUUCGCUUCUUUUAUGCGGGUUCAUUUAAAAAUGAAAAUCACCGUAAAGGAAUUUACUCAAAAAAGAGAAAUUAUCGAAAAAUUGUCAUGAAAAAUCUAUAGGGUUGCUGUUCUAUUUAAUUAUAAAUUAUUUGUAAGCGAAUGAUUGAGACUUUCCCUUAAAUUUAUUAUGGGCACCCGUCACUUUUUGGCGAUGGAGGUUUUCCUGUUGUUAAAUGUCUUCGAAUUUUUUGUUUUUUUUAUUACGUUCCGUAUAUGUUAUAAUUUUCCAUAUUUUGGCUCUUUUGAAAAGUGCCCUGUAUAGAUGUUAUAAUUAACAGUAGCCAAAGAACAAUGGUAUUAAGAAAUAUAUUUCAAUGGAAGCUGCAAUGUCCCUUGUGCAAAGUCUCCUCCAAGGAGCGGAUUGUAUGUAAUAUUAAUAAACUAAAUUUGCAUCCUCCGUUUAUGUAUCAUACUAUCUAACUAUUAAAUGCUGAAAACCUAUGAGAUCAAGUUCGACCACUUUUUUCUUCCUUUUUAUCGUGGUUUUUGGCAACUUGUUUUUUGUCUACCGGAAAGUAAUGAUCAAUAAGACGGAUUUGGCUGUUCUGUUCAAAAAUUAGACGGAUUUGGCUGUUCUGCUCUUUGAAACGCAAUGUAAAAAAUUCAGAAACCAGAAUUUUAGCCAACAAAAUGUUCAUGCAUCUCGUUAAUGUUUAACAUUGCGUCUCAUAAAUGUUUAACAGAAACUUUUAGGCACAAAUUUUUCUCGUGUUUCAUGUUUAUUCUGAAGUUCACCAGCAUUUUGCAGCAAUUCAAAUAAAGCCGUCAAAUGCCUUUCUUUCCUUCACUUGUUAUCUUCAUUGCACGCAGAUGAAUAUGCAAUCAUACAUUUUUACGGCGCGUAGAAAACCCCAAAGAAAAAGAACUGGCCUUUAAGUACUGCAAGAUAGUGAUUCACGAAGAUUAGAGCUAGAUUUUUGGUUGAAAUCGUUCUUAAAGGACUUGGUUUACUGCGUAGAACGUAUGGUGUGAUCACAUGAAUGAAUUUGCUCAUAAUUAGAGUUGCUAAGCCGAAUUGUUUACCUAAAUAUAUAUGAAUAAUGUACUAUUUUUUACUCUUCUAGAUUCUUUUAUAAGGCCUCGAUCUAAAGGUAAUGAAAGCCUUACAAUAAAAAACUGCUUAUAAGAAACUUGCUUAUAAAAAACUGCAGUAUGACUUUGUUAAAGUUAUGUACCAAAAUAUGAGAAACUGUUGAGACUGGAUUUUUAGUUUCUUAUGAAUGCUUAUUUAGAGCAAAAGCUUGCGAAAUAUAAGAGAUGUAAAAAGCAGUUUUUCCGAAAAAAUUCGGUAUCAAACUCAUUGAAUUUAAAUGACUGCCCUGCAUAAAGUUAUUUUUCAAAAUGUAUAGUUGUAUAUUUCAUCAGCCUUUUUUCAAUGUUUUUUCCUUUAGUAAGAAACUGUACAGUCUGAUUCGGAAAAACAAGUUGCUUAUA